AGAAGGAGGAGAAAGAGGAGGAGGAGAAAAAGGAGGAGGAGGAAGAGGAGGAGGAUGAAGAAUAAAAAGAAAGAAGGUGUGUUGCUGCUGUUGCUGUUGGAGUGUGAGACUUACAGGACACAGGUUCACACAGUCGCAAGCAGGUUUUUCACUGAGAUUCAAACCAGGUUUUCUACUUUGUUCAGGUGACGGUGUAGAGAUGCAGCCCAGCAGCAGUGGAACUGACUCUCAGAAGCAGCAGGGGCGGUGGACCGUCCUGCUGAGCCGCCUCUGUCAAAACUCAGAUAUGGCUCAGGUGCUGAAGACCAAAUUGGUGCAGUACAUGGGCAGCCAUCCUUUCUUGACCCUCACAGUGAUGCUGUUCGGGGCCAUGGCUGCUCUGCCUGCUGGACUUUUCCUCGUCUUUGCUCUUGUCACCACGGGUAUUUCGGCAGUAGGUUUCGUUUUCUUCGAGGUGUCCCUGUUGUUUGUGGCAGGGUUGACUCUGCUGUGCAUCCUCUGCGGUCUCGCCUUCUUCUCGGUCACAGUUUCACUCAUCCUAAUAGCUUUUCAGGUAUCCAUCUCCAACGUCCUGAAGUAUUCCCCACAACUGAUCAAGUCGGUUAACGUCCAGGAGAAGGAGACGGGUUCCAAAACUCAAGACUGAAGGAAACACAGUCGCUCUCGUCCUCUUCUCUCUACUUUCUUCCUUGGAAUGUACAGGAGCCUUGAAUCCGCACCACUGAAGCUCCAUGGUUUGGACUCAGAGGACAGAGAUGCUUAAAUGUGUGAUGACUUGAUUCUGGGAUCUGCUGUUGUAAAUGGAUUUCCAAAGCUCAAAGUCUACCUGAUGGUUAAUGUAUGUGUAAAGCCUAAAUAUUACUGAAUAUUGUAUCAUUAUAUUAUCUUAAACAGGAAGUCUUAUGAUCUUAUAUUUAUAUAUUUAUUUUAAUGGUUAUAUAAUGUCAACAUGAAAGACUAUAUUUCCAAGUGCCUCAUUAGCCAAAUACAGACAGUUAGUCUGAUCUAGACAUCACCAACACCAAAUUACACACUCAUAGUUAUCAGUCCAACUAAAUAUGCCAGAUUUGUUUUUCAACACGAAGUAUUACUUUAGAGAUUCACAAAAAUGAUCUAUUGUUGAAAGAAGUUUAAAAAAAACUUGUGGAUCCGACCCCAUGAUCCAGAUCCAAACCAAACUCUAUAUGCCUCGACAAACGUGAUAAAAACUUGUUACAUGACUGUUUUCUGUCAAGUGUUUUGCAUCUGUAAAGCAGUUUUGAAUAAAAGUUCAUCAGAAUGAAA